UUUGCCGUCCCGGACGACACAGAAUGGCAGACCAGAGUAGGCAGACUAAACUCGCAGCGGCCAAGAAAAAGCUGAAGGAGUUUCAGCAGAAGAGCAGCCCUCCACCUGGGGUCACAGGAUCCAAGAAGAAGAAGAAGCAAAAGGCAGAGAGUCGCACAGACACACCAACAGAGGAGAGGCGCUCCCCUGACAAUGCUCUCAGCGAUGGGGAGGGCCGGGGGUCCCCGGAUGUCCCUCCUGCUGACACUUUGUGUGGAGAGCCCACCCACGCCCCACCCAUGUCUAACCCUGCUAAUACUGCUAACUCUGAUACCACCAGUGAUGAUGCUACAGCCCAGCGGAAUUCCAUCCAGGAUGCAAACUGCAGUGAAAACUCACUGGAAGAUGAUAGGCCUCUGUCAUCCACAGAAAGUCUGCGUCAACUCUCCCAGCAGCUCAAUGGCCUGCUUUCUGAGUCACCAUCAUCCUAUGUGAACGGGGACAGUUCCGUGACAUCCACCAGUGAAAAGCAACUUGAGGCUCGAAACCAGGAGCUGGCAGCUGCCCUCGACUCCAGCCGUCUAACAAACUCUCAGCUCAGUGCAAAGCUAGAACAGUUGAUGCAGCAGUCCCAGGAGCUUUCAGAGCAGCUGCAGAAGGAACGAAAGGAAUUUGAACAGAAGUUUGUCAAGGAACAAGGAGCAAUGCGAGAACAGCUGCAAGUCCACAUCCAGACCAUCGGUAUCCUGGUGUCAGAGAAGUCUGAGCUGCAGACUGCCUUGUCUUACACACAGCAGGCCGCCAGGCAGAAGACUGUGGAGGCAGAAGAAUUGAGCAACCGAUUGCAGGCAAGCAAGCAGAGGGUGUCGGAGCUUGAGAGAACCCUUUCAUCUGUGUCUACACAGCAGAAGCAGUUUGAGAAGCACAAUAAAGAACUGGAAAAGGAGAGAGACAGCCUCAGACUUGAAGUGUACAGAUUCAAUCAGGCCAAUGAGGAGGUCAAGCAACAGAGCUCUGAAGUGUCUGAACAGCUGAAGCUACGAAUGAAUGAGAAUUCAGCCAUGCGACUUGAAUUGGAGGAACUGCGAAAGAGGCUAGAGAUGGCUGACCUCAUGAUACAACAGUUCUCCAGCCAGUCUGGACCACCCAGCUCUGACCAGCAGGUGCAGAUGCUCAUAGAGGAAAAGCUUCAGAUGGAAUCUCAUGCAGCACAGCUGCUUGAGUCUGUUGCACAACUGCAGAGGGAAAGGGACCAGUAUGCCAUACAGAUCCAGGAGGAAGGCCUCGUGUGGAAGGACAAAACAGAGCAGCUGCUCUCUCAGGUGACACUGCUGUCAGAGGAGAGAGACAGGCUUUCAGUACAGAUCCAGGAACUGGAGUCUCAGGUUACAGAUUUGAAGACCUCUGCAGCUAUAGUGUCCCUGGAAGCAGAGCCCCAGGACCCAGCACAGUCUGCAGGGCCCUCAGAUACUGAGCUGGCUCUCCAAGAGACCGUGUGUUCUUUGCAGCAGGAAAAGGAGGCACUCAGCUCACAGUACCAGGCACAGGUACAUGACAAUGAACAACUAAGCCGACUUUGCCAAGAGCAGGAGGCGAGGUUGUUAGAGCUGGAGCGUGAGGCAGAACGCCGGGCAGAAGAAGUAGAGGACCGCCGGCGAAUCUUGGAGGAUGUACAGAGUGACAAGGCUACUCUGAGCCGUGCACUCACACAGAACCGGGAGCUGAAGGAACAGCUGGCUGAGCUGCAGAAUGGCUUUGUCAAAUUGACUAAUGAGAACAUGGAGCUUACAAGUGGGCUACAGUCAGAGCAGCAUGUGAAGAAGGAGCUAGCUCGUAAGAUGGGUGAACUACAGGAGGAUCUGCACCAUGUCAAAGAGCAGUUGGAGGCAAAGGCUCAGGAAGUGCAAGCAGUGCUUGAGCAACGUGACCAGUACUUGGCCCACCUCCAGCAGUACACGACAGGUUACCAGCAGUUGGCAGUCGAACGUGAGGACUUCCAUCGGCGCCUUCUUCAACAGACGCAGCUAAUGGACCGGCUGCAGCAUGAUGAGGUGCAGAGCAAAGUGCAGCUAGACCUCAGCCGCAAGCAGCUGGAGGAAGCCCAGGCAAAGCUGAACCAGCUAGCCAAGGACAAUGAAGACCUGAAAGCAGAGGUGCGAGAGCUGCUUAACAACACAGACCUGUUUGUACAAUCCAGGGAACAAGGUGAUGGGCUAGAGAGUCAGUCCUUCCAAAAGAACUUUCAAAAGUCAUCCAUCACCAUUCCAGAGGACUUUGAAAGCAAAGAAGACAUGGAACAGUUCCUGAUCUCUACCCUCUCCCAGCUGGAGGCCCAGAGGGAUGAAACUCAUCAGAGGCUGGAGGAGGAGCAACGGCUACACAAGGCAGCGCUCCAACAGCUGGCAGCAUUGAGCAAGGAGCACCAGCACCACAUCUCAGACUCAGCCCCCGGUGGGGCUGGUGUGCCCAUGGAAGUGCAUGAGGCUCUGCACGCAGCCAUGGAAAAGCUGCAAGUACGCUUCACAGCGCUGAUGCAGGAGAAAGCUGACCUGCGUGAGAGGGUGGAGGAGCUGGAGCACCGGUGCAUCCAGCUGUCUGGGGAGACGGAUACCAUUGGAGAGUACAUUGCCCUUUACCAGAACCAAAGAGCCAUCAUGAAGCAGAAGCACAUGGAGAAGGAGCAGUACAUUAACAUGCUGGCUAAAGACAAGGAGGAGAUGAAGGCCAAGCUGGCAGAACUGCAGGAGCUAGUACUACGGCUGGUGAGCGAGAGGAACGAUUGGCACAGCCGCUACAUCGGUGCCACCAACAACCCUGACCUGCUGCCUGGAGGCACUGAACCAGGCCUUCCAGCCCAGAGGCGUAUGGAGCUUAAUGCCGUUGAUGGGCCAGAGACCAUAAACAUGAACACAGCGAUGGACCUAGCUUCAUGUCAUGGACCCUUGUCAAAACUGGAUACACAGCAGGACCCCCAGCGGGUACUAGAGAACCAGGAGGCACGGUUGCUCAGGCCCCGUGAGGAUGGCACAGCCAGGCAAAUCAUGCAGCUGUUGCAGGAGAUUCAGAACCCACAGGCCCGGCCUGCGCCCUUCCUGGGCGAGAACCCAUGCAUCCCGUUCUUUUACCGAGCUGAUGAGCACGAUGAGGUCAAGAUCCUGGUGAUUUGAGAACACCAGUCUACAUAUGGUACCUCACGAAGGCAUACUUCAGGAACCUUACCUUUUUGUCCACCCUGUUGCAAGUCCUAACCCCCCCCCCCCCCCCUCCCCACAAAGGAACAGACCCUCUGCUCUGUUCCAUUUUUAUUUUGUUUUAGUGUAAGACAGGCUCAUGAGUGAUUCUGAAGCACUGUAAGGUGAAGGAGCAUUUAAAGGCUGGAUGACAUAUCCUCAAAUGACAACAACCACAUGCUAUCCCCAAAAAUAAUUGUGAAUUGUAUUGCCACAGAGUAGACCGCAGAGUUAUAUGGUGUUGCUGGAACGCAGAUGGUUCCAAUGAAGUCGAGUCCAUAUUUUGGGUCCCUCACUCAAACCCCUUCUUGCCCAACUCAGCAGAGUACUCAAAGGUGGGCCAUGGGAAAUGCAUCUUGGUCCAUUGUGCAUUUUAAGGGAGUUUUGCAAUGUGAACUGGGGUUUUUGUGCGGGUGGCUAUGUCCCCACCCUUCUACUCCUCCAUCCUUACCUGGUGGGAAUCUACUUGUGCCUGUACUGCAUAAAUACUGUUAAGUUGAAAAGCACUUUGUACUUUAUUAGAGGGUCUUGCUCAUUGAUUUCUGGGCAGGAAAAACUAACAUAGUAUAGACAAAGCAGAAUGUCCAUUUCCCUGUCAUGAUGUGAGACUCCCUGUUGAUUUUUUUCCCCAACCCUUUAUUGAUGCCUAUGAGGGUAGCAUGUGUACACAUUCUGGAGCGGAGUGGUUUUUUGGUGGCAGAUCAAGGUGGGCAGUCAACAGUGUGCUUAUAAGCCUUGGUUAUGCUGCUGUAGCCCUGCCCAUAGUGAAGCUCCAGAGCCGGAGGACAUUCCAGCAAGACAUACUAUCCCUUGUUACUGGACAAAAAAAAAAACUGGAUUUUUAAGGUAUGUAUGGCAAAAAAAGUUUUCUUCCCUCCCCAGUUGUGUGGAAGUAUUGUAUCUGACCAGACUGCAAGGUGGGAUGCUUAGAAAGGAGAAACAGAUUUUGGUCAAAGUAAGUUUUUAAGGAAUUGCGAAUGGCAAUUUUGGAUUGUUUAAUAAACUGUAUGCAGAUGUCACACCUGAGGUCCGUGGAAUAGUUUUGCUUGUGGUGAGAUUUCCAAAUUCAUGGCUGUUGAAUGCGUACGCUUGUUACGAAAGAGCACUUUCCUUUUGAUUUAGUUUAUAUUUCAUAUCCUCAUAAAUCUGUGCUCAAGAUAAGGGUUAUAUUUUUGCAUCUACUCCACUUAACUACACAAACAUGUUUGAUGUGAUGAGUAUUACUCUUGAAAUCCAGCAAAAAUAAAGGCCAUGAGGUAGACUAUUAAAGUGCUCUAGAUUAUUUUCUGACUUACCCAAAAAGGCAUAUCUGCACAAGUGAGGAGCCUUGCUGUACGCAUAUUAUUUAUCAUUAACUUCUGAAUUUUACAAGGCUGUGGUGCAGUCAUAUUUGAUGUGCAUAUACACUCCCUGCGUAUACAAAAUUAUUGCUUUUCCACGUGUUCAUGCACAUUUCCGAGUGAGUCGUGUUGGCAGGAGAUGCCCAUCUUCUGGCUCUAAUUCUCUACUGUAGAUAAGGUCACACAGUAGAGCAGUUGUCAGUAUUGGCCCAAGUAUGGGAGGAGAGGGUACAUGACUACUAAUGAAGGAUCAAGUGACAUGGAUGUUAGUUGCAAACUUAUGUCCAGCUGAAAGACACGCCUGCACCAUGUAGUGACAGUUCCUCUUAUAACAGGGUCCCCAUGGUAAUGACCUUAGACCUGCUGAGCUGUAGUAUGAGUAACCAUUCCACUCCCCCCAUAUCCCCUCCCAGUUAGUUUUAUGUAGCAUUAGUUCAGCAUUAACUGCACAUCUUGUAUUCUGGACAAAGUAGCUGAACUUGUGAUGUUUCACAGUGCAACACCAGAUUGCUGCUUAAAUGUAUGACCCAUUUGGAAAGUGCACCCAGCUUGAAACUGGACAGUCUCCGAUGUGUAGGAAUGCAGAUUUGCAGUUCUGUAUUUUGUGCAAAGAUGAAAUGCCAGUGUUGGUCUCAGUGAUGCCAGAGUGGGGUAUAGUGAGGGAACCUCGAGGGUGUUCACGGGGUGUGUUGAGAAGGUCUGCUGUAGCAGCUGCAUGUUGUACCACAAAGUCAGAAUGGCUUCACUGCUGAAGGGCCUGAGUGAAUUUGAGGUGACCUUUCACUUUUUAAGCACUGGGUCCUUAGCAUAUUUUUGGUGUGGGGGGCUAUUAAUCUUUCUUUCUCCCCCUCCACCUGAGAGUUUUCAACAAGAUUAAAGAUCUUCACAUGUAAUCUGUUGCUUGAAUGGGUCUAUAAAUCCAUUUUAGGUAUAAUCAGGUGGCCAGUCGUGAAAAAUUAAAGUGAAGGAUGAUCCUUUCUUGUAAAGCAAAUGUGUAAAUACUCCAAAUGUAACAUAUUGUAUAUUUAAGCGAGUUGGUUUUGCAGAAAAUGUGGAAGAGGAUGCGUCGCUGCUUUCGGCCUCAGGCCCAGUUAUUGUUAAUCUGUACAUUAAAUACAUUGUGGUGUUGUGGGCAUGAGAAGUUAAGGGAUCCCAUCAUUUAAUACAGAAUUUAACUAAAUAAAAUCUAUAUUUAUUUGGAGUAAUUAUCUAAUCACUAGAAAAUUAACUUCUGAAACACUAUGAAGGGGUUACAAAAUAUUCAGCUGUAUAUUUCUGAUGUGAUUCAUCCUGUAUUUUUCUCUUAUGAAUAAAACUGAGCUAAAGUAAACAUUUUAAUAAUGUUUAUUGCCUGAUACACCUGCUUGGUGUAGGUAUAACCAGUUUGCGCUGUGGUCCUCUAAUAUAUAAUGAAUUGGUGUUUAUUCAUAAAAAAUAAUUUGAAAACUGAAAUUGGUACACAUACUUUAUUUCUUGACAAAGCACAGCUCUGCUAGACAGGUUCUCUCAACCAAUAGCAAUUAAGAUACAGAAGAUGUCACAGCAGCAUCGGACUCCCAGUUGCCCUUCCUCCCAAUACCUGUCUUUCUAUUCGUUAAACAGUAUCAGUAUGUAUAACAACACAUUGCUUGGGAAUAAGUCCCACAUUUUAUAUACCAUGUUCAUUUGUCCAUAUUUUUAUCAUACAUUUAAGUUUACAUUUAUUCAAUCACUUAAUUUAAUACUCAUUAAUCUUACAUAUUGACUAACUUCUAAACAGUGGAAGCACAAUUCCCAUAGGUGUACCACAAAAAUAUGUAACACAUUUAAGAUAUGUCCAUGAAGAACUAUUUACUUAUAAAUUAUUCUUUGUAGGUGUUGCAGUGGAACGGAGGGGACUGUUGUGGCGGAGUAGUUGGAUACUCGUCAGUUAGGAAUGGUUAAGAAAACCGUAAAUAUUACAAUUUUAAAUUCACUUGUCACAGUUGUGCAAAUGUAGGAAAGUUAUCAUGCCCAACAUCAACAAUUACCAAUGGGUUCAUAGUACAACGAUCACACAGAGACAAAUACACUGGUACAAAGAUUUUGACUCACUUUCUCUGAAUGUGGAUGAAUCAAGGGUGGAGUAUAACAAAGGAUUACAAUGAACCUAUGCAUAGAGCAACACUUUUUAAAAAAAAAAAAAAAAAAAAAAA